UUAAUGAAUAUAGACAGUUAAGAAGACAAUUGGAAGUAUUUGAGUGUUUUAGUUUGAAAGAAGGGCUGAAAGAUAAACGCUGUAGCUGAAUCCAACUUCCUCGAGCGCUGGCCGCUGAGUGAAUGAGGAAGUAGCUGGGCUUGGUUAGCAUUAGCUUGGUGGAUGUAAAUAAACAUUUAGGAUGAUGGAGGGUGUGUCCGACUGAGCGGAAUUCUCAUUUAUAAAGCGGGUUUUAGGGGUGAACAUGGGGGAGGCAGCGAAAGCUGAGCGCCGGGAGCAGUUAAAGCGCUGGAGCGGCUCCUCCACAGACAAACAGCCCUCCGCUCCGCGCACUCACCGCCGGGCAGGAGAGCAGCAGCAGCAGCAGCAGCACGGGCAGGAUGGAGACGGUGUUCCGCAGACAGAGCCGCACAAACAGGACCGGAUACCAAUCAAACCCAGGCGCCGUGUUCGGUUUGAAAGAACAGCUGAGUUCUUGGCUGUGUGUGCCAGUGGUGACACAGAGGAGGCGAAGGCGAUGCUGAACGAGGUCCGGGCAAAAAAUAGCGGAGACAUAAUUUCAGGAGAGGACCUAGUUAACUGUGCCAAUACUGAUGGAAUCACAGCAUUGCACCAGGCAUGUAUCGAUGGCAGUGUAGAGGUGGUAUCCUUUCUGCUGUUGCAAGGUGCUAGUGUAAAUCAGGUGGACAACGAGGGCUGGACCCCACUCCACAUCGCAGCUUCCUGUGGGAACCAAGAGAUUGCUGAAUACUUGCUGGAGCAGGGAGCCUCUCUAAACACAGUGAACUGUGAUGGGGAUGUACCGUUGGACAUCGCUGAAGAUGAGGCCAUGGAAGCACUACUGCUGGCACUCACUUUAAAAAAGGGUGUGGAUGUGGAGGCCGCUAAGAGGUUGGAGGAAGAACUGAUCAUGCGAGAUGCCCGCAGUUGGCUUAUAGACGGUGUGCCUGCUGAUCUGUACCACCCCAGAACCGGAGCCACGCCUCUCCACGUGGCUGCUGCCAAGGGCUACAUGGAGGCCAUUAAGUUGCUUUGUCAGUGUGGACUAGAUGUAUCGGCUAAAGACUGGGACGGCUGGACCCCGCUCCACGCUGCAGCUCACUGGGGUCAGAGUGAGGCCUGCUGUAUCCUCGCUGAGCAGCUCUGUGAUAUGGAGGCUCGCAGCAACGGGGGUCAGACUCCAUUUGAUGUGGCUGAUGAAAGUGUGGAGGCCUUGCUGGAAGAGCUAGUGCAGAGACAAGCUAAUUGGAGAACUGAACAGGCUAAUAAACAGAAUGCACAGGCAGCGAGUAACGGCAGUGCUGUUAACAAAAGACGCAGAAGCUCAGUGUGUAGGAUGAGCAGCCGAGAGAAGAUAAAUGUGCAGGAUCAGUCGAAGGAGCGAGGAGUCUCUGGAAAUCUGGAGUUGAAUGAUGACAGUGAGAGCAGUCCAAAGGCCUCCAAGUUGUCAGAUCUGGAUACAGAGAGCAUCGCUCCCUCUACAGUCAGCCCAGCUGAUAAGACGUCAGAAGAAAAAAAAGCAGAGGAAAAAGAGCAGGAUCGAGAGAGCCGAACUGCUCGUGUUCCUCCCACACUGCAAAGAGUUGACUCAGCCCCAGACAGCCUCGGCGGCCCAUUCGGUGAUGGCAAGAAGUACCAGGCUAUAGUUAGAGAUGAGGAGUCGGAGACUCAGAGGAAAGCUCGUUCACGGCUUUUGCGCCAAUCCCGCCGUUCAACGCAGGGUGUAACCCUAACUGACCUCAAGGAAGCAGAGAAAGCUGUUGCUAAGACCCCUGAACCUCAGUGCAGUCUGCAACCUGUGAGCCCUCAGGUGACAGUAACACCAGCAGAAAGAGACACAGAGCCUGUGAAAACUUCAGGGUCAGAGGCAGAGAGCAAACUUGGUGUUAGGGACCGACGUAAACAGAGGAGAGAGAGAAGGUCUACUGGCAUAGCCAUGACAUCAGGAGAGAAUGAGGACUUCGAUGGGGACAAGCCUACUCAUUCAGACACCACUUCAAGUGGUCAUCAGACGGAAGAUUUGUUAUCGUCACUGGAUUUCAGAAAGUUGUAUAUUGACGUGUUGAAGGAGAACGGUGCUCUGAGGGAGAAGCUUCAGGAGACACAGCUGCAGCUCAGUCAGUGUAAAGUAGAGCUAGAGCGGAUCAGACAGAGUCAAGAAAAUGGUUGUGAUCGACCUGCCCUACUGGAGCUAGAAAGAUUUGAGAAAAAAGCCCUUGAGAGAAAAGCAGCUGAUCUGGAAGAUGAGCUCAAGGUUCUUGUUGACCUGCGUGCUGAUAACCAGAGGCUGAAAGAUGAGAACGCAGCUCUUAUCCGCGUUAUCAGCAAGCUCUCCAAAUGAGUCUCUUACAUGUGCCACUAUCAUCCUCAACCACUAGAUGGCAGCCCUGUCUGUCUUUGUCCAAAAUGAACUGGAACAAAUUCUCUUUCUGCGCA